UGCCACGGCGCCUGCAAUGGCAGGGGGGGGGGAAUGUUCCCUCGCCUGCCUGAGCCCGGGGGUGGUGGCCUUUUACUGCUAGGGGCAAAAUUCGUCUCUCACGUGAGGCAACGCCAAUUCCACACUUUUUAUGUCACACUAGACAGAGCCUCUCCAAUAAGCAAAUAAUACACAUCACACCACGUCCCGCCCCUAAAGCGAUAUGAUUGGUCGCUCUAAUGGAUGUUGCCUAGACAGCGAGAGGAGAGAGGAAACCGACAUGGCGGCACCUUGGCAAGCUUUGCGGCGCCUUCUGCGGAUCUCGGGAAACCCAACCCCCAUAUCGUCUCGUUCUGCAUUCACGGCAAGGAAGGAUGAUCUAAGAAAUCCUGACUGGGUGAAAGUUAGUAUAUCUCUUGGUUCCACAAUAGCUAUAUGGGUUCUGCUCUUAAAACAGCAUAAUGACGAUACAAAAGAAUAUGAAAGGAGAAAAGCAGAGAAAGAGUCUUAGUAGUCGUCAUUCGAUGGUUGAAGAAGCCCUCCUAAGAAGCUACGGCAGUUAAUGCAUACUGCGCAAGGCGAUUACUAAUUUAAGAUAACCCAUUGGUUCAUAUUAUCUUCCUGAUACAAAACCGUGACAAGAAGGAAAAGUAGCUGAAAUGGUCAUGUUUUAUUUGGUCAUUUCUGAAGCUUAUAAAUAAAACAUAUUACUCUUAAGACUUCUAAUUUGAUCUUUCUGUGCAUAAAAUAGUAACUAAUUUGUAUAUGAAGCUCAUUUGUUGAGGAGAGCAGUUCUCAAAGUGGUUCCUGAGAACACCACGGAGCCCACUGACACCUUUCAUGGCACCCACCGAGUAUUUAUAAAGUGGGUGGGGCUUUUCCA